UCAAUGUCAAAAAAACUGAAAACAUGGUGCCGGGUGCGGGUUGUGUAUUUACUUUUGUGAACAAUAAAAUUUAUUAUUUUAAUGGAAACGAAUGAAUGUUUUAUUAACAAUUUUGUAUUACCCCGUUUUUAAUAUACAAUUGAGAACGUAGUGAUUAUUAAAAAUGAUAACACAAGUUACUGUGAUUGUAACCGCGGUUAAAUUUUUGUUCAUGCCGCUCUACCGUUCAACAGAUUUUGAAGUUCAUAGAAACUGGUUGGCUAUUACCCAUAACAAAUCUAUUGAUCAAUGGUAUUUUGAGUCUACUUCAGAAUGGACACUAGACUAUCCUCCUUUUUUUGCUUGGAUGGAGUAUGGUUUAUCAUUAAUAGCUAAACAGCUUGAUCCAGAAAUGGUCAAAGUUGAGAACCUUAAUUAUGCUUCUGAUGUAACAGUGAUGUUUCAGCGAUUUUCAGUGAUUGCACUGGAUUUUAUUUACGUUUAUAGUGUAAAAAAGUGUUCAGACUUAUUGGACAAUGGGAAACUUCUUGUUUUUAUACUGCUGGUAUCUAAUCCUGGUUUAUUAAUGGUUGAUCAUAUUCACUUUCAAUAUAACGGAUUUUUAUAUGGAUUUUUGCUUUUCUCUAUAGCACACAUGAUAAAAGGAAAUUUUAUCCAAGCGGCAUUAUGGUUUGCAAUUUUAAUAAAUUUUAAGCAUAUUUUUAUAUACAUUGCGCCAGUGUAUGUUGUUUUUCUAUUGAGGUCGUACUGUUUUACAGUUUCUUCCAAUGAUGGAGUCCACACGCCAUGGUAUUCGUUUUCAUUUGUUAAUUUGAGCAAACUGGCAUUUAUUGUUAUUUCAGUAUUUGCUUUAUCUUUUGGACCUUUCAUACAUCAACUACCACAGUUAUUUUCAAGGUUGUUUCCAUUCAAAAGAGGACUUUGCCAUGCCUAUUGGGCUCCAAACUUUUGGGCUUUAUACAAUUUCGGAGAUAAAGUCCUUCAUGUUUUAUAUAAAAGGUUUGGUUUACCAACAUCCAACAAUGUUGCAUCAAUGACUGGUGGACUUGUACAGGAGUUUGACCAUUCAGUAUUGCCAUCUAUAAGACCAAAUAUUACAUUUGUUUUGACAAUUCUGUCAAUGUUACCAGCACUUAUUAAAUUGUGGCAUCUUGGAGCUGACAGAAGAUAUAGAAGCAUGAGCUUUAUAAGGUGUGUUGUUAUAUGUGCCACAUGCUCAUUUAUGUUUGGAUGGCAUGUUCACGAGAAAGCAAUUCUGAUGAUUUUAAUUCCAUUGAGUUUCCUUUCCGUUUUGGGUGAAGAUGACGGAAAAUAUUAUUUGCUGUUAUCAACAGUUGGACAUUAUUCACUUUUCCCUCUGCUGUAUCCCAAAAAUCUAGCAUCAAUAAAAUUAUUUCUCUUAUUAACUCAUUGUGCUAUGGGUUUUGUUAACAUUCCGAGUUUAUAUGAAGAUCCAAAAUGUAAAAAGAACAAAAAGCGUGCAUUUUUAAUUCCUCCUAUGUUGAAUUGGAUGGAAAUAUUCUACUUGUUUGGAUUAAUUUUAUUGUAUAUUUAUGAAAAUAUAUUACAUUCAUUUUUAGGUUUUAAUAAGACUUUACCAUUUCUUCCAUUGUUGAUGACCUCAGUGUAUUGUUCUAUUGGUGUAUUUUAUUUUUGGUUAUCAUAUUAUUAUUAUUUUCUAACCUUUAAUCUUAGUAGAGUUUCUACAUUACUUACUCCAAGAACAUUAGAGUAUCACCAGAAAACGAAAUAGUCGUAACUGCUUCUACCCAAUUCUAAAAAAUGUCUUUAUGUAAGUAUUUGAAUUGUUAUGUUUAAACGAUUAGUUUAUAUAAGUGAAAUAAUUAAAUCAUUUUAGAAAUACUGUU